CAUGGAUGGAACCGAUUUGAAUAAAAGAACCGACACAAACCCUAGCUGAAUGUAAAUCUCUCCUCCUGCGCUCGUCAUAAAAAUCAAAUUAGGGUUAGAUUUUUCAAAAUUAGGGUUUCUUAAAUUUAAUUAAUUAAAUGGCAAAGAAAGAGAAGCGAAAAGCGAAAAUCAAAGUAAUCGAAGAAGAAGAAGAGAAGCCGAAGAAAUUUGUAGCGGAGGUUAGUAGCGAUGAUGAAGAGGCGAAUGAAGAUCUGAGCUUGAAGAUUGUAGAGAAAUCACUGUUAAUGCGAGCGGCGAGAUUGGCUGAAAACGGCAACGGUUUUGUCGUUCUAGAUGAUGGUGGUGGUGGUCGAGACGGUGGUGCGGUGGAGAUAGAGUCGACGUCGUCAAUGGAGGCUGAAUCGGCGAGUGCGGGUUCCCGUGGGGUGAAGAAGAGGAAAAGGAGAAAGAAUGUUGAGAAGAAGAUGGAAGUUUCAGUUGUUAUUGCGAAAGAAGAAGAGGAGGUGGAUAAAAUUGAAGAGGCGGAAACAGUUGACAACGCGGAGAUAAUGGAGAAGGCAGAGAAGAGUGAGAAGGUAGAGGUAGACGAGGCUGCAGAACUGGUUGAAGAUGGUGGUGCAAAUGCAGUUGAGGACUCUGUUAAUAUUGUGCUCCGAAAGCUUCUUCGGGGGCCACGGUACUUUGAUACUCUAGAUAGUGGCUGGUCAAAUUGCUAUAACUGCGGGGAGGAAGGUCAUAUGGCGGUGAACUGUCCGACAUUUACAAAGAAGAUUAAGCCAUGCUUUGUUUGCGGGAGUUUGGAGCAUGGGGCUAAGCAAUGCACUAAGGGACAAGAUUGCUUUAUUUGCAAGGAAAAUGGCCACCGUGCAAGAGAUUGUCCAGAGAAAUAUAAGGGUACUCAUCAGAGUUCAAAAAUAUGUUUGAAAUGUGGGGGAUCCGGGCAUGAGAUGCUCUCAUGCAUGAACGAUUAUUCUGUUGAUGAUCUCAAGGAAAUACAAUGCUACAUCUGCAAGAGUUUUGGCCAUUUAUGUUGUUUUACCUCUGGUGAUGAUGGUCCAAGACAAGUUUCUUGCUACAGAUGUGGUGAACUGGGUCAUACUGGUUUGGACUGUGGAAGGUUACACGAGGAAGCCUCUAUGACAGAAUCACCUAGUUCAUGCUACAGAUGUGGGGAAGGAGGGCAUUUUGCACGUGAGUGCACCAGUUCUGCUAGGGGUGGGAGGAGGAAUCGUGAAUUAUUAACCCCGACUCUAAAAGCUCAUAGAGAAAAUAAAGAAAGCUUGGGAAUUAAAUCUGCCCCGCAUGAUCUUGUCAAGGCUCGUAAAAAGAGAAAAGCCAAGUCCCAAGAGAAAGGCAUCACAACACCGCAAAAAUCAAAACACAAAGGUCACCACAUUGCAGAGCAUCUAACAAAUUCAUCCCAGUCAACACCAAAGAAGUCAAAACACAGAGGUGGAUGGAUUAUGGAGGAUCCUGGAGAUGUAUCUAAAUCAACACCAAAACAAUCGAAACACAGAGGGGGAUGGAUUACAGAGGAUCCUGGAGAUGUAUCUAAAUCAACACCAAAACAAUCGAAACACAGAGGGGGAUGGAUUACAGAGGAUCCUGGAGAUGUAUCUAAAUCAACACCAAAAAAAUCAAAACACAAAGGUGGAUGGAUUACAGAGGAUCCUGGAGAUGUAUCCUGGUCUAAUUCCAAGAACCAUUUCAAUUCUCCUUCAACACCUUCUUACAAGGGUUGCAAGAGUUCUCCUAUGACUUCUGGCCAUCAUAUGUCAAGUUCUCAAACUUUUAAGAAAAAUAGCUGGAGUCAUUCAGGAACUUCAGCAUUCCAAGGGUCGGCAACACCUUAUCAGCAUAGAUAUUCAGCAUCCAGGUUUGGCAACCCCGGCCAUGCAUACAGCAACUCUGGCCAUGCAUACAGCAACCCCAGGCAUGCAUACAGUCACUCCGGCCCUGGAUACAAAACUCCGGGCAUGCACACAACAACUCCAGAUAUGCAUAUAACAACUUCAGGCAUGCACAGGACAACUCAGGGUAUGUGCACAACAACUCAGGGCAUGCAUAGAACACCUAUGGCCAUGCAUAUGGCAACUCUGGUUACACAUUUGGCAGCUCUGGCAAUACUGGGAUGAGGAGAGACAAUGGUUGGUGGUAGAAAUGCGAAUUAUAUUCCAACUAUUGAAGCGGGGAACCCAAAUUUUUUUCCGGGAGUCAUCUAAGUUAUGUAAUUUUUUGAUCCCUUUGGCGCGCAAGUUAUUGACAAAUCAUUUUUUCAUACAUGGAUGCUCUUGUUCUAGUGAUUUAUACAUUCUUUCCUCAAUGCAUGUAUCCACACUCCUUGCUGUAACCUUUGUAGGAUAGGUAGUGGUUUAAGUUGAGAGGAACUUACUUUUACCCCAUUCUUUCUGAAAGAACUUUGUUGAUUUAUUUAUGUCAGAAUCAUUGUCAUUUCUUGAA